AUGCAUUGGAAUACACUGGCCGUUGCUCUCUACCUGCUCACCGUCCUGACUGGAAUAUUCGGUAACAUCUGGGUGAUAUGUUCGAUUGCAAGAAGUCGAAAACCGAGAGGACUACUCGGUCAUACUUCACCGUCCGAUCGACUUCGUGCCUAUAUCUCAGUGCUGGCCAUCGUCGACUUGACAGUUCUAAUGGUGCUUCUUGUACGGACCAUCUACCUCAGUGUUCCCCAUCUUAUGCUCGACACAAACAGUUGCCGUGCAAUGUUCGUCAUCGAGCAAGCAGUGAAAUUGGCUUCACUGACGUUACUGUCCUGUAUCAGCGUCGAACGCUAUAUUACCAUUCGAAAGCCGUUUUGUGGACAGGUUCGCAAACGAUUCAUCAAAAUGACACCGAUUGUCGCUUUGCUACUUCUUACUGCAGUAAUUGUCGCCAUUCUAGUACAGGUCCAAUCGGUGCUGACAACCCCUGACAGUAUGAACUGUACUCGAACGAGUCGAGGAAGGACGAUACCACGUUUGGGAGCCUAUCUGACUGCCAUAGCAUUUCUCUCCAAUCUCACAACGAUAUCCGUCAAUUAUGGACAAAUUGUACGACAUGUUAGGAGGAAGUUCAUCAAACGAAAAGCCAGAGUGGUCGCUCAUUCUCGAACCAUCAGAGAAUCAUUGGUAAACGAGCCCCGAUAUAUGCGGGAGAUGACGAAUGCCAUCAUUCGGGUGUUCGCCUUCCACGUCAUCUGCUGGCUCCCCUCAUGCCUCAUCCAAUUUCUGCCUGAUUUCGGUCUGGUCUCCGAGCUCAUCACUUCAAUACGGCUAUUCAACAAUUUCACUGAUUUCAGUACUAUGCGAUGGGUAAUAUUCAUAGCCAACUGGUUAACAUAUGCGAAUGCGGCUGGAAAUUGGAUAUUUUAUGCAGCUAUGAAUCGUGAAUUAAGGAGUCUGAUAAGAUUCGCAACAGAGCGAAGGAAAAGAUCUACAAUGUCCCAUACAACAGCAUCGCCUUCUAAUAUGCACCGUAAUAUUCGUUCACAGGUCACGGCUUCGAUGAGAGUGCUUCAAUCGCUUUCCUAUCGUAGCAGUCUGGGUGGUUCACUGGAUGAAGUCACCUGUCCUCCUUCAUUGAUACAGCUCUCACCAAAAUCGUCUACAUACAGUCAGGAACAAGUAAGUAACGUAACCACCACAAUUCUGAUUUUGGGUCGAUUAGGAGCUAUGUAG